GAACCAGCUUUACAUGAUAUGAUACAAAAGCAUGAUAAGCAUCAUAAUCAUAAAUAGCACUUUUGUAUCUAUCAAUCACGAAAAUAAUUCGCUCCAUAUAUAGCGAUUAUGGCAGAAAAAGGUGCUCAUUUGACUGGGACCGCAUACAUCAGGCCUUCUAUCUUUGAAAUUAUUGCACAAGAAUCGCUUGCGUCAACUCUUGAACCGGCUUUUAAAAAAAUUCUUUCGUUUCUUGUAUCUUUCAAUCUUGACAAAUAUGGGCAUAUUCUUCAAUGGACAGAUGAAGGGUAUUUAAUUUUUAAUGUAUUUCUUCAGCAAUAUUACCUAAAGAGAUAUUCUGCAUCAUUUUCUGAAACAUUUUAUGGUUUGAAACGUGUCACAAUAAUUAAUUCCAAGACAGGGUUACAAGAAAAAUUAUCACAUAAACAACAAAUAUUAUCAUUAAUAAUAUUAGUGACAUUUCCAUAUUUAAGGAAUAAACUUGUGCAACUUAGUUUAAGAUAUAAACUUCAAAACAUAGACAGUACAUCAAGAAAGAGGAGGCAAAAGUUUUUCAGUAAAUGUGUCGUUAAAGGACUUUCAAUUCUUUUUGUAACAUAUGAAACUCUCGUGUUAUACAAUUAUAUACUUUACGUAUCUGAGAAAUCAAUAUAUCCAUCACUCUUGCUAAGGCUACUAUCUGUUACACUGACAUAUGCUGAUCUACAAUCUGCUCUCACUGUCACCGAGUUAUUAAGGAAGAUCAAAUAUAAUUCAUUCACUGUCUCUGAUGGAUGGAAUAUACUUCAAAGAAUCAUUACUGGAUCUCUUGAACUCGGAGCUUUCUUCUUACAAUUUCUUUCUUGGUGGAAUCAGGAAAAUUAUGACAUGGAUAUUAUGAGUCUUCCAGCUCCACCACCACCAAAGGUGCCAAAUGUAGCACAGCAAUAUAAAGGAAUUUGUCCACUUUGUCGUAAGCCUCAUCAUAUACAUACCGUGCUUAUGAUAUCUGGUUACAUAUUUUGUUAUCAAUGUAUUUUGUCGGAAAUACGGAUAAAGAAGAAAUGUCCAGUUACACAUUAUCCUGCCAAAGAAGAUGAUCUAAUUCGUCUAUAUAUAGAAUAAUAAAUUUUACAUGCAUGUAAUUUUUCAUAUAUGUUGAAUAUAAUAUACUACACAUGUAAAUGUUAACAAACUCGGAAAAUAAGUGUUGUGAGAAGAAGUUGGGCUUUAUUCAUUUUAUAAAUGAAUUACAUAUUUCAAGAAAGUUAUUUGGCGUUGUAUAUCUUCAGUUUAGUUGUUUAUAUAUAUAUAUAUAUAAAAUACGUACCACGUAGGCCCGUGGUAGUAUAGAUGGUCUUCCCUCUAGUUUUAAAAUAAAAUAAAGUUAACACUAUACAUGUUUCUGUCGGCGAAAAAAAAAAGGGUUCAGAUGUGGAAUCCUCGCUAGAGAGAAGAUGAGUCGUAAUGGAUCUCAACAGGAUACCAUGAUCCAACCGUGCAGAGGUAGAUGUACUCAAGACGGCGUAACUUUUACAAAUGUCAAGCU